UUGGGAACCAGAUGGAGCUGUGAUUGUCUUCGGCGUGCGUGAGAAACGUCACGAACCACGAGAAACGUCACGAACCACAGAGAAGUACAAUAAAUUGUAAAAAUGGAAAACGCAGUCCUUCAUUAAAGGGAAGUGAAGUUCUCACCAAGAUCCAAAUGAAGUGGUCCAAUGUCUUUAUUUUGCAAGUCAUGUUCCAGCCAUGUCUUCAAGUCUCGUUAACCACCGACGCGGAGCGGACCUCAUAUAAGACCGAGUUGGGAGGAGACGUGGUAAUGGGCUGCCGGUUCUUCCCUUUGUCUCAGCAUCCCUACGAGGACUUGACGGUGUCCUGGCACUGGAUCUCGCCGGCUCGGUCUCGGGAAGUGUACCGUAUGGAUCGCGGGCAGGAGCAAGCCUCCUUCCGGCAUCCGGACUUCCGGGGUCGCGCCAGGCUUCUCACCGAGCAGAUUAAAGAUGGCUGGGCCAAGUUGCAGGUGUCCAGGCUGCGCAUCAAUGACACGGGAACCUACCAGUGUAUAAUAGGGACAACAAACGGGGCUGACUAUAAGGAGAUUAAGUUAUCUGUUACUGCACCUUUUAAAACGGUCACCAAAAACAUUUCCAAAUCAGCAAGAGGAGGCGAGCUCGUGCUAAGCUGCCAGUCCGAGGGCUACCCGCUGUCCACGGUGACCUGGGAGGACGCUCACCGGCGAGAUCUCAACGCCAGCGCCGCCGUUGUGUUGACAGAGGACCGCCUUUUCAGAAUCACCACUCAGAUACGAGUGGCAUCAUCGCAGAGAAACAACUACACGUGUAGCUUUGACAGUAGCGGCUCCUCUUCAACUUUUCUCAUUCCAGAUGACACACAGCUACAGGUGGAAAACAAGUACAAUGUAGUUGUAAUCGGUGCAGCAGUCGGCACAUGUAUUGGAAUUGCACUGAUUGGCUUCAUUGUAGUGGUGCUAAUUUAUCUGCACCAAAAAGGCCUUUGCAGAAAAGAGCAAAAUACGCCAACCAAGAAAGCAGAGGAAGAAAAAAUAUUUAUUUUUACUGAAGGUUUAGAGUAAAGUUCACAAUGCUGGAAAAUGUAUCAUCCGCUUGUUUCCAGUGUGCAUCCGUUUGAUGCUUUCCAGGCUUCACUGCCAGACAUCGGAGGAACAGCUUUCCUCCAAGGAAAGCCGGGUCGUGCAAAGACGAGCGUCCUUCGGUCUCGCAAGACGACAAAAAGGUCUUGGGACAUUUUAGCAAAGAGUUCAAGGUUUAAAAAGGCGAUAUUGGUCGCAUAGACUGAUGUAAUUAUUGAUUUAGUUUUUACAAUUCAUAUAGCGGAACCUCCCAAGUUGAAUACCUCACAACUGAUCAAAAUAUGAAGGUGAACACAUUUUGACAAUCGCAUGCAACUGAGAGCGUAGUGGUUUAAUGACGAGCACACAAAAAAAAGUUAUUUCGUUCAGGCGUCUUCAAAGUGUCACCUUAUCAUGUUUUAAUACAUUAGUUAGUUAGUAAGUUGAUUUAGUUUUGUUAUACAGUACAGUGUGUAGCUUCUCCCUAUACUUGGAGAGAAGUUAGGAAUGUUCAAAUAUGAAUUAAGCCAGCGCCUGUCCAGUUAUCUAAGGUUUUAUGAUGCAACUGUUUGAGCCUAGAACAAAUUAAUUACCUAUACAUGACUUCCAAUGGGGAAAAUACGUUUUGGAAGGCAACUGACGUCACAUGAUGGAUUAUGUUCAACUUCGAGGUUCCACUGUACACUGUGUGUACUCAUCAACAUCCUUUUUUUUUUUUUCUGUGUUUCCCAAAGAAUUAUGUGGCCGGCCACUCAAAACAAAUGUACAGAAAUUAGCUGCGGUGUACAUCAGGGUUUGAUUCUAGGCUCGAUCUUUUUCUUUUGUUUUUGUCAGUUCCUGAACUUCCAAUAGCCUAAUGUCACAACAUACACACCUCAUAAUACUUAUUACAAAAUUCAUGUGAAAUGCACUGCAAGACCAUUGAUAAACCCAAAAAUAUGUAUGAACCAUCAAUCCUGCACAAGCUGUUGAAGACAAAGAACUGUAUUAAGAAGUGAUACAUCGUAUCAUGCAUAUUUUUUUUAAAGAUAGUUUAAUGCGUCCACUUUCAGUUUGCUAAAGGAAAGUACUGUAUUCAGUAUACAUCUUUAUGCUGUUGCAUGAACCCUGAAAGCCCUGAAGGUUCAACAUGAAUCACACAUUAAACAGUGAGAUGUUCUCUGUUUCAUUCUGAAUCGGUGCAAACGAAACUGAUUGAUUUAUUGCUUGUCGUUGUUCCUCAUUUGAAUUACAGUCAGUGUACAGCAGUUUUUACGAGAAGAAAGAAGUGUCCCUUAGCCUGUUCUCAGCAAGACAUUUCGAUUCUCAUUUGAGUGUUAUCUAUAGUACAAAAGAAGCCUGGAACUUUAUCCAUUUGUGUAUAACAAGCUGAUUUUGUCAUGAUCUGUGUUUUGGUUUGGGUUGUGUUUAGUUUUGUUCCAUGUUUUCCUGUGUUCCAUGUUUGUCGUGUGCUCAUUAAGUUGUUGUGUCCACCUGUUCUCGUCUGCUUUGUGUCAACCAAUCAGCUCUCUCCAGCCACUCAUGUCUUGUCCAGGUGUUCCUCGUUGUCUCGUCUAUCUGUUUGUAUUUAGUUCCCUGGUUUCUUUCAGUUCUUGUCGGUUCAUUGUCGUUGUCACAUGUCUCUGCCAUGUCAUAGUCGUCAGUUGUCUUUGUCAUUGUGGUAUGUCAUUGUCAGGUGUCAUUUUCCGUUUCUAUUCCACGUCUUACUCACAGGUCAUAGUUUGUUUCCAGUUUUAGAUAUUCGAGUGUUUCUUUGCUACUUUGAUUUGAGUGGUAUCUGUUGUGGGACUUUGUUCAGUUUUCCCUUUUCUAAGAUUAAAUAUUAUUUUGAGACUCCCGCACUCCUGCCUUGCCUCCCUGCUUCCCUGCAAUUGGGUCCACCAUGUUCUCACCUUGCGUUACUCGCCCUCGCCUUAACCACGUACGUGACAGAAUGAACCGACCAGAACAGGACCCAGCGGGAAGAAGAUGGCGUCACCCUGGACACCACCAAACUGCCUCCCACCGUCCUCAGCCUGCCAUCCAUACCUACCCUCCUCCAGUAAGCCCAAUCGUUCAGUCUUUUCUGUCCUUUUCAUCGGGUCCCCCCACUUGUCCUAGUUAUUCACCAUGCCCUACUAUUUUACAUCCACAUGUUUCUUUAGAUUCUGAUUUUUCUGAUUGUGAAGAUGGCCCCGAUUUAGUUAACCUUCUGUCUGAUUCUGACUCUGACACAGACUUAGAUUUUUCUGGUUCCUUCCCUAGUUUAUCCCGUCCUCGUCAGUUUUUGUCACGUCUCCCCAUUUCCAACCCCAGUGAGUCCAAAACCUUUCCCUCGGACCUUUUCUUGGGCACCCGUUUGGCCAUCUACCCGGGACCGCCGCGUGGUGGCCAACGGAGGCGCCCAAGUAAAGGUCAAAUUUUGCCCCCUCGUUUUUUCCCUGUUCACAAGUCACUUAAUUUUUCACCUGUUCCCACACGUUGUUCCACGGCUCCACUUAAGUCACGUCCAGUCAAACCUGCCCCCAAGCCACCAUGUUCUGUACCAGCCAUUUUUCCUAGUUCACCUUCCCGAGACCUUGUGCACUCUUCCACUCCCGUACCCUCUACUCCCAAACCUCAAUGGCGGCAGGCUGAGGAAGCGACUGCAGGCCCCGUUCCUGCUCCUCGGCAGCUGCGGCAG